CAGCAAGACCUUCUGUGUUAUGCUGUGAUAACAGUGAAACCGAUGAGAUGCCUGAUUUAACUUCUCUUUUUUUCAAUUGCAUUAGGAUAUUUGACGAGGAAAAUUUGAAAGAGCCUCUGGCGCUUAAAACAACUAGAGAAAACUCCAUUUCUAUUGAAAAGAGAAAUUCCUAUUUCAUCAUCAAUGACGAUUUUAACAAAGAGUGCACAGAUUUGUCAAAUAAAUUGACUGAUUUGACUUCAUUAAUAAGAGAAUUGAGACCAAGCUACUUGCUAUCCUCUAGAUACCAUGAUAAUGAUUUCUUAUCGUCUUAUGGUGGAAACAACGACGAGAGCGACAGUGAAAAUGACAGCCAAAAUGAAGAAAAAGAUAUGACAGAAGCCCAGAAGGAUGAAUUUGAUUCUGAAUGCUUUAUGAUGAUAAGGAAUUACACAUUUUUGCUAGCUCAAAUUGAAAAAUAUGAAAAGAUGAGGGCUGAAAAAAGAAUCAUUUCAAUAAAGAAAACUAAAAAAAUAGCAACCUCAAGCCAGUUACAAACGAUUAACCUUGACCAGGAAAAUUCUAUAUUUUCCAAACUAAAGUCAACAGUGGGUAAUAUAAGCAGUGUUGUAAAUUCUGUUUCCAAUAAAGAUUCAUUGGAAUUGUUUACUGAUGACAUUUCAAAACAUCGUUCCAAGAUUUUAUUAUAUCUAAAGGAAGAAUUGGAAUAUUUAUCCAGUACAUUUCAGGAAAUGCAAAUGAUAAGAUUGAAUAGAAAAAAGGACAUAAGAAUGAACGAUCUAAGUAAUAUCACAAUAAGUAACGCUUCAAACAUACCUAUUGACUCAAAAAUUAAAGACAAUAAUAACAAUAAUAACUUUGAUAUACAAAACGAUGCAAACACUGUUUCAUUAGAGGAAGAAUAUGAAAAGAAAAAAUUAAUUAAUGAAAAUUACAAAACUUAUGAAAUGGCAAUGCAAAAAUUAACUUUACAACAAAAAAAUGAUCUUGCAAAGCAAAGCUCUUUUUUGUUGAAAAAUAAGUCAGAAGAGCUCAGUAAAAUUAAAAAUUUGGAAAAAUCUUUGAUUAAUAUAGUGAACAUAUCAAAAGAAAUAUCGGUCAAUCUAACUACUCAGUCUGAACAAAUUGAAAACUUGAUUGAAGUUCAAGAAUUAAACGAAUUAGAUGUUUUGAAGGGAAAUAAAAAUUUGGCAAGUAGCAAGAAAAAAAGUAGAAGAAGUGCUAAAAUUAUCAUUUGGACUUCCAUCUUUUUAGGAUGUUUUAUUAUAGUCUACGAUUUUGUUAUUUGGUGAUAAAUCAAAACAAUUAGAAAGAUUGUACAGAAACUACAUAAAUAUCUUUUAUUUAAUAAUUUAUUUACGAAAAAUUAUUUUAUGCUUUAUAAUAUAGUCAAUUUCAAUUUAAAUACAUAAAAAGCCAG